CAGUUGUCUGGGCAACGCACCGCCGGGUCGCUGCUAGAGUGACGCGGGACGUCUUGCUGAAGGCUCCCAGAGCACACUAGGCUGAGAAAUGUCUGAGGAGGACUCCGACAACGCGGUCACCGACUCCCAGAUUGAGGAGGAUGGCGAGCUGCCUGUCAUCCAACUGUGCGGGCUGGUGGAGGAGCUCAGCUAUGGAAACUCCGCUCUCAAAACAGAAACAGAGAUGUUUGAGAAAUACUACUCUAAACUGGAACCCAGGGACCACCGGAUGCCACGGUUAUCAGAAAUUAAAUUCUCAGCAGCAGAAUUUUCACAGUUCCGGAGCAGGCGUAAAUCCAAGGCCCGCGCAGGUCUGGAUCGUACAUCAGGCCUCUCUGUAGACCAGAAGCUUGAACUCGUACAGAAGGAGCUGGAGGACACAAGAGAGGAAAUACGGCACAUGCGGGCCAAUGCAGAGAGGGACCUGCAGCACCAUGAGGCUAUCAUCGAGGAAGCUGAAAUUCGAUGGAUUGAACUUCAGAGAGCAGUGCAUGAAUUUGAAAAAGAUAUUCUGAAAACCAUAUCCAAGAAGAAAGGGAGCAUUCUGGCCACUCAGAAAGUGAUGAAGUACAUCGAGGAUAUGAACCGCCGGAGGGAUAAUAUGAAGGAUAAAUUAUGUUUGAAAAAUGUUUCUCUCAAAGUUCAAAAGAAAAAGAUGCUUUUACAACUGAGACAGAAGGAGGAAGUGGGUGAGGCCCUGCACGACGUCGACUUUCAGCAGCUGAAAAUCGAGAAUGCUCAGUUUUUAGAGACUAUUGAAGCAAGGAAUCAGGAACUGAUCCAGCUGAAGCUGGCCUCUGGGAACACCCUGCAGGUCCUCAACAUCUACAAAAACAAGCUUCACCGGGCAAUGGAGAUAUACAACAGUCUGGACAAGGAGAUCUUGCAGAGAAACGAGCUGCUUGGAAAAAUUGAAAAAGAAACCAUACAGGCAGAGGAGGACAGAGCCAAAGCCCAUACCUUGAACAUUAAAUUACGAAAGCAGCUGGCAGAGUUCCGGGCUCCCCAGGUGAUGGCGUACGUCAAGGAGAAGAUCUUGAAUGGGGACCUGGAGAAGACCAUCAAGAUGUGGGAGAGGAAGGUGGAGAUCGCAGAGAUGUCUUUAAAGGGGUACCGAAAAGCCUGGAACAAAAUGAAAAUACCGGAUGAGCAGCUUCAGACGAUCCGGCCCCCAGGGAAAUAGCCAGGAGCAGCCCAUAGCUUGCAGACCCAGAAGUGACCUAUUAAAGUACUCUAGUGUUUUCC